AUGUCAGCGAGCACUCACGAUGAGGAACGCCACCAGGGAUGGAGAAGGAACCGAGCUUCGAUCUCAGGAGAUGAUAGAGGUGAUGAAAGAACGAGGAACCGUCUUCCUUCCCCGACCAAUUUGCUUGAAUCCUCGACGAGGCAAAACCUACGCACUGGGCCACAAUCUCCAAGCCAAGUCAAUCGAGCCCGCAACUAUCUCGGUCCGACUUGUCCUUCCUAUAACAAGCUCGAUCCACUUACAUCAAAUCAGAUGUCCUCACGCGCACUCUUGAGUAAAUUCUUAUCUCAACCAGACGACGAUGGCCGGUCAGGAACAUGGUCAGAUAGAUAUGGAUCCACAGCAGAGAGUAGUCGAUCGGGUUCUCAUCCCAGCUUCCAGGACAGUUCCCAGUUCCAGCGCCCGGGUAGCUCGAGCUGGGGCAGUAGAGAUAUCGGGGAACGAAGGCAUCUUGCGCAAGGCUCGCAUGAACAAGAAAGGGGGCGCGAUGAAGUGCACGGCUCUAGUAAUGCUCCAGAACCCAACAUGAGUCGAUUGCAAUACUCAGACAUACAUUCACACGAUGCAGGAAAUAAUCAAGCGUCGACGUCACAGGGGACAUCAGCUCGCGCGGUCGAUAUACAACCGAUCAGGCUGGUUAAUCGAUAUGGCGAAGAAGAAUUUAGGUAA